AUGAACUCUCCUGUCCUUCAACCGGCGGCAUGUCUGAAUCUCGUCCAGGUCCUGAAGGCGCUUCCAAAACAAAAAUUACUGCUCCUGCCUUUCUCUCGAUUCUGGUUCUAUCCUGUGCCUGUUGCGGUUUCCCUCCCAUCAUCUGAGGAUCUCAAGUGCCUGUCAACUUCAAGGUUCGCACCUUCCAUACUUCGCGUUCCACGGCCUCCCUGGGCAGUCGCGGAUUUCAAAACAACAACAAAAAAAAAGUAUUACCCAUCACCAGUCAAUCGCUUCGUCGUCUUCUCCAAAGCCGGCCAAGCUUUUGGGUCUACUGCAAGAGGUCGUGCUUUGCCCUCCUCUCCUGAGCAGUCCAACGCAUCGUGUAUCCGGCGCCAACCUUGCCCAACCUCUUUGGUUCACGGUUUACCACCUCCAAAGGAACAAUCACCAAGCCAACUACGCCAGUCGGCCUUGCCGUGCUCCCGCAGCUCCCUUCCUCCACCUCACGCCGCCGAGCCACUAGACGGUUUACGACUUUGCAAUCCAAAUCACUGUCGCUAUCUACUCUUGUUGUGCCGGCCACAUCAGUUUGGGCUCACCAUCGUCAGCCCUCCCACUGAUCCCACCACACUUAUUUCGAGAAUCCUCCCUGAUGACUUUUGGACGGUCAGUUACCCAGCCUCUCCUCUACUCCCCUAA